GCACACACACUACACACUCACACAUACAAAAAGAGGAGGUAGAAGCAUCUCCAGUCAGAUUUUGUCCAGUCAGACGAAGUACCGGUGGCGGUGUGUGCUUGGGGAUGGGGUGGGCAAGCCAGCACUCGAUGGAGUUUUCCUGAGAGGGCUCCAAUGCUGAGUCAGCAAAAAAAGAACAACCAGCAGCCACACACAAAGAGCCCCAAUCCACCAACCUGAGCCAGUCCCACUGUCACAAUAACAACACAAACACCACAUGGGAACAAUAAGCCCCUCUGCUUUCCAGAAGCCCAGGCCACAAUAAAGAGCCAUGCGCCCAGAGACACAACAGGUCACCGAACAGAUUCUUAAGCCCAUCAACGAUGUCCAUGCAGGGUGACUAGCCUAGCCUUCUGACACACCCCCACACCCCCACACCCACACGCUCCCACUCUAUCCCAUCUCAUACCCGCAUUCUCCAAGAACAAGGGCCAUGCCUCUGCCGAGACGUCGAUCCUCCUUCCUGAGCCAACCUGCCGCCAAGGAGCGCCCAGGUAGCGCCAACACCAGGGUUGGCACCACAGGCAUCAGCAAUGCCCCCCGGGGUGUCUUUGUCGGGACGGCCCCCAUGGUUGCCGCCUCCAGCAUGGGCACGCGUGUGUCGCGACGCGCCCUAGGCAUCAGCAGUGUGUUCCUGCAGGGGCUGAGGACCACGGUCGCGCCUGUGAUGCCCCACGGGGCCGGGACCAGUGGCAGGCAACACCCCGGGGGCGCUGAGAGCCUCAACGGAUGCCUGAUGGAGUACAGGGAUAAGGUGCGAGCCCUGGAGCAGCUCAACCAGCAGCUGGAGGAGCAGAUCAAACACUGCCUGGAUCGUAAGUCAUCCAGCGCCGGAGCCUGGGGCCCCCUCAGACAGGAAUGGGAGGACGUCUACAGACAUGUUAGUGAGUCCAUCCUUCACACUGCCAGGCUAAUGCUGCAGACAGAGAAUGUGCAGGCCAACGCUGAGGACUUCAAGGACCGGUAUGAGGAUGAGCAGCCCUUCAGGAAGGCGGUGGAGGAGGAGAUCGGCUCUCUGUACAAGGUGAUUGACGAUGCCAACAUGACCAAGUCGGACCUGGAGAGCCAGAUGGACAGCAUGAGGGCUGAGCUUCGGGACCUGGCCUGCAGCCAUGAGGAAGACGUGAGGGUGCUCUACAAGCAGAUGGUAGGCGGCGAGGUGGACGAGCCGGACACUCCCAUUGAGACCAAUCUGGACCAGAUACUGGCUUACAUUCGCUCCCACUGGGAAAGAGUCAUCGAGAAGAACCGUGCCGAGACCGAUGCCUACCUGGAAUACAAGCAGGCAGAGAGUGUGGGCAGUAAUCUGAGUCGUGAGGAGGAGGAGCUCGAGAGUCUGAAGACGGAGUGUAACGAUGCUGGCUGUAAGAUCCAGAGUCUGCAGGCCCAAACUGAGUCCAUCAGAGCACUGAAGCGCGGUUUGGAGAACUCGCUGAACGACGCCACGCAUUGGCACGACAUCGAGCUGCAGAACCUGGCAUCCGUCAUUGGCAAGCUGGAGUCGGAGCUGGGCGACGUCCGCGGCGACGUCGAACAGCAGCGCCGCGACUAUGAGACGUUGCUGGGCAACAAAAUGCGUCUGGAGCUGGAGAUCGGCACCUACCACUGCAUCUUGGAUGGGGAGGAGAGACGCUACCACCCUUCCAUGUGCACAGGUGCAUCAGAGCCAGAGGGGAAACAAACCCUCCUUCCUCCCCAUUCAGAGCCCUCCGGUAGCCCAGAACUCCAAGGCUCCAACACAUCUAGUCCCUAGUGGAAGGACUGAGGACCAUUUGGUCAUUAACGCCAAUGAACGUGAAGCUCUCACCCCGUUGUUCUCCAGGGUCUCUGUGCAAAGUUUCAUUUUGGAAACCAUGUUCUCACUACAGAGUUGAA